GCUUAUGUAUCCAAAGAUAGGAUUUGUGUUAAACAGAACUUUCCUCACAAAUAACAAAACAAGACAGACGGGGAUGAAGGUUUUCUGUGGAAGAGCCAAUCCGACUACUGGAGCCAUGGAGUGGUUAGAGGAAGAUGAGAAUUAUGAUUACCACCAGGAAAUAGCAAGGUCCUGCUAUGCAGAUAUGUUGAAUGACAAGGACCGAAACAUGAAGUAUUUUCAAGGUAUUCGUGCUGCAGUUAGAAGAGUGAAAGAGAGAGGGGAAAAAGCCAUUGUCCUGGAUAUUGGGACUGGCACUGGACUCUUGUCCAUGAUGGCAGUGACAGCAGGGGCUGACUUCUGCUAUGGCAUUGAGGUGAGCAUCUUUCUCCCUUAUCUUAUAGAUUUCAGUAAGCCUGUCAGCAGAGCUUCUGCGUCCUACACAGUGAAGCUGAAACCCGUCAAGUCUGGCAAAGCUCAAGUGGUCCUUUCCUGGUGGGAGAUUGACAUGGACCCUGGUGGGUCCAUCAAAUGCUCGUUGGCCCCGUAUUGGGUACAAAGCACUUUUGAAGAGAACCCGUGGAGGGACCACUGGAUGCAGUGUGUAUAUUUCCUUCCAAAUGAGGAAGCUGUGACCCAAGGCCGGAGCGUCGACUUGACGGCUUUUCAUGAUGAUUAUUCUGUGUGGUUUAAGCUUCAAAAAAGCAGUUUUAGAAAUGAAGGAUCAAAGACUUCUGAACACACCGAGAGGCCAGUAUGUGUGUGUCAAGCCCACCUGUUGUGGAACCGGCCACGUUUCGGAGAACUAGGUGAUGGGGACCGCACAUCGUGCUAUUUUCAAGCUCUGAAGAAGGUUCUUAAGCCGAACAGCGUCUGCUUGAGCAUGAGUGACGGUAGCCUUCUCCCGGUCUUAGCUCAUCACCUUGGAGCAGAAAAGGUGUUUACGCUGGAGUGUUCUUCGCUUUCUCGCUCACUCAUGCAGAAAAUUUUUAUGGCCAACCAUUUGGAAGAUAAAAUUACAAUCCUAGAGAAACCCCCGGAAUUGUUAACCCCCUCUGAUUUUGAAGACAGAAAGAUAUCCCUUUUGAUCGCUGAGCCCUUUUUCUCUACGAGCCUGCUGCCAUGGCAUAAUCUAUUUUUCUGGUAUGCCCGGACGGCAUUGGAGAGUCAUCUCAGCAGUGAUGUGACUGUCCUUCCCCAAUCGGCUUCUCUCCACCUGAUGACUGUGGAAUUCAAGGAUUUGUGGCGAAUCCGAAGCCCUUGUGGUACCUGUGAAGGUUUUGAUAUGCGCAUUAUGGAUGAUAUGAUAAAGAAUUCCUUAGACUUCCGAGAAUCGCGGGAAGCCGAGCCCCAUCCGCUUUGGGAAUACCCUUGUAGAUCCACCUCAGAUCCCCUCAGGGUUCUGACGUUUGACUUCCAACAAGCUAUACCACAACAUCCUCUCACAGAAGAAGGCAUCCUAAACCUGUCAAGGUGUGCGAAGAGUCACGGAGCCGUUCUGUGGAUGGAAUACCAUCUGGCACCUAACAUUUCCAUCAGCACAGGACUUGUGCAGGAUUCCAAUGAAAAGGAUUAUUGUCAAUGGACUCCUCACUGCAAGCAGGCCGUCUAUUUCUUCAACGCGGCUCUUGAACCAAAUUCUCCUGUCAGUGCUGCCUCAGCAGUUGCAUACGCUGUGAGCUUCAACCCAGCAACAGGGGAGGUUAACAUGGACUUUAAACUUUUAGUUUAAUAUAGUAGCCCUUUUGGGGGGGGAUAUGAAAAACCAUUUGUUUCCCUUUUAGCUUGAUCAAUAAAUACAUCCACAGACA